GAAUUAUUCGUCGGGUUGAGGGAACAUGGCGGCGCAGUUCUCAUUCGGGGCUUGCCUAUCACGACGCCUCAAGAGUACAGUGACGUCGCUCACGCAUUCGGGUUUCCAGCUCAUGAGGAAGUUGGCCGGCCGCCACUACGUACCGUGCUGGCUAAGAAUAUCAAAACAGCGAAUGAAGGUCCACUGGAACUUCCUAUCUGGCCUCACAAUGAGUAUGGAUGGUCAACGAUAAAUCCCUCGUGGUUGACAUUUACUUGUCUACACACGCCCGAGUCUGGUAUUCAAUUAACUCAUUUAACUUCUUGCAUAGCUCUUUUUAUCAUCUGACUUGCUACCUAGGAGGUGAGACGCCAAUUAUCUCAAGUCUUGGCUUGGCAGCCGCCUUGAAGGAGCAAGCGCCCGACUUCAUUGAGAAAUUACUCCAAAAGGGAGUAAAAUAUGUGUACAGAUACGGGCUCGAAGAUGUCAGGUCAAAUACGGGGACAAGCGUCCUUGGUGCAUACGGCCAGCAUGUGAAACCGGGGGACGAUAAGGAAGUUAUCAGACAGAAGAUCGAAGAGGAGGUCAGACGACAUAGCAAUCUCUUCCAAUGGCAUGAGGACGGCUCACUGAGUGUAACCCACAUUGUCCCGAUCAUAAGAAAGCACGAGGAUACCGGCCUACCUACAUGGUUCGGCAAUGUUACGAGCGCAUGGGGCCGAAGUAAAUACCAUGGAGCGACUGAGCCUCCCUACAGAGGCGACGACGAUUCGUAUCAUCCCCCUCCUGAGUAUGGGGACGGGACGCCGAUGGAGAAAGAGUACCUUGACUUAGCGCUCGCAUUGGCUGAAUCACUUCAGGUGUUGGUGAAAUGGCAACGAGGAGACAUUGUCCUACUUGAUAAUUAUGCAGUAAUGCAUUCACGCUGUCCGUGGACGGGUAAGAGAACGGUGCUAGCAGGCUUAUGGGACGAUACUCGAAAUAGAAUCGGUGAUUAUCCCAAUGAGAAGCCCAUUGACUUUUCACGAAAGCCUUUAGGAGUACCAGGUAGUUGAUAGCUCAAUUGAUGGAUACGAUUCAUGUCGCCGCCUAGAGGUGAAACGACUCCACAUUCUCCCAUAAGGCAGUAUAUUAUUGUUAGGCUAGCCUAAGAAGAACGACAUAGUCAUCGUCACUAGGGCAACAGCGCGAG